AUCGCGAACAUAUUGAGCGUGAAACGCUGAACCGGUUGGCUUUUUGACAAUAGCCAGCCUUAAAAGCUUUCAGUAUCGCGAUCCAAGAGGUCUGUCCUUCCAUCAUGCUCGACUUCUCUCAGUCCUAUCCUCUGAUUAGCUUCCGUGUAACGUCGUCUCUGAUUUCUCUCUCAGUUCCUCAUUCUUAAAAAGAGUCUAUAAUGUCCUCUUGGUCCACUACUGCUUUUCCUCCACCAACUCGCCAUUCGCGCUCUCGUUCACCUACGAGAGGCGGCCACCCCCCGAGACCGCCAUAUCCUGACCCUGCUUACCCCCAGGAUCCGUACCGCGGUGGUUGGGACCCUUACGACAGAGAGAGGGCAUGGGCAGAUCAUGAGAGGGAUAGAGCUACUUACGAGUAUGGUCGUCGUGGAAGGAGUCGCAGUCCACCUCCAGACGAGACAGGCAGAAAGCGACGUCGGUCUAUGUCUCCUUACGAGAGAGAUAGAUAUGAACCGCGUCCUCGGUAUGGUGAUGAUUAUGAUGCGCACUCCCGUGCAUACGGCUAUAGGUCCCCAGGGCGCGGACAGUAUGCUGCCCCUUUUCCACCCUCCCGACGCGCCCCCCCAGAUCCUCGCACUUUUGACCACCCAGCUACUCUCAAGCAGUAUGCCGAGUGGUUCCGGUAUUGUUUCCCUCAGCAGGCUACUGAAGAGGAUAACGCAGAUAAAGCAGCCGAGCAGGAAGCUGGUGAUGGCUCGAAGCCGCGAAACGGCAUCAGAUCUCGUUGGGAAAAGUAUAAAAAGGAGUUCAUGGCAAAUCAGUUGCAAACGAUGUUUGAUCAUCAUAGGAAGUCUCCUUGGUUUGCCGAAAAGUAUGACCCUUCAGAGGAGCAUCUUGCCUUGCGCAGAAGGGUUAGGAAAGAGGGCUGGGCAGGGCGUUUGAAUACUUUCUUACAUGACUUGGAGUCGGGCAAGUUCGACCCUGACUUGAACGAAUCUGAAGCGGAGCCCACCUCUCCAAUGAAGGAGAGUAUCAAUGGGGAGACUAAUAUUACCGAUUCUACGGCUGCUAUAGCCCCUGCAGAGGAGUCCAAGGUUGCCAAUGGCGAGGACGAAAUGCAGUUCAAUAUGGAUCCUGAGGAAGACGUUGUCGAUCAUGAGGUGACUAGAACGGAGACAAAUGGCAAGCCCGUAAUAGACAACAGACGUAAUAAUCGCGGAGAAGAAAUAUCUGUUCCUCCGGAGGGCAACCAAGUGAUGAUACGAACUAUUCCUCCUGAUAUUGGUCGAGUAAAGCUAGAAGAUGCUUGUGGAAAAGUCCCUGGCUUCAUGUAUCUCGCUCUAGGGGACCCUUUACAAAAGCGCAACUACUACCGUGCAGGUUGGCUUAGGUUUCGUGACGAUGCUGAUAUGGCUAUUGUCAUGUCUGAGCUUACGGAGAAGAAGAUUGAAGGCUUUAAACUUCAUGUCACUCAUAAUCUCCGUCCCUUCAUCAACAGAGUUCGCUAUGUACCAGAAGUCGCAAGUAAACCUGAUAGACUUGAAAAGGAUCUUGCCAACGCACGAGCUCUCGCUUCAAUUCUUGAAGAGGACGCAGCCCAUUUGCGCAAGUUCCGGGCCCCUAAGACAGAAGGGCAGGUUAAUGCAGGCACUGGCGAUAACGAAAAUGCAGGGGGAGACGAGGACGAAGUGAUGACAGAUGGCAGAGAAGACGGCGAGGAUGAUCCAGAGCCGAAAGAAAGUGGUUCCGAGGCAGUGGAGCGGCGAAUUGAAAAAGUCAUGACAGAUCUGCGUGAACAGGGCCUUGUUGAUGUUAAUGACGAGAAGGCUCUGGAGGCUAGGAAGACGGUUAUUUCCUUGGAUUUGUAUCUUGCCUACCUUCGUGCAGCGUUCCACUCAUGCUACUAUUGCGCCGUUGUUACCGAUCAUGCUGAAGAAUUACAGCGUAAAUGUCUGAAGCACAUGAGGAAACCUUUAUCGAAACUUUUACUUGAAGAGGUGAAAGCAGCAGAAGCUGAGAAAGCUGAAAAAGAAAAGAAAGAGAAGGAUGAAGAAAAAGAGAAGGAAGCUAGUAUUACUACAACUACCAAGCCUACCGAAAAUAGGGACUGGAAGAGAAAUGACGAGCGUUGGCUUGAGUGGUUUGAUUUGAAGAUCGCGUUACUGAUUAACCGCGAUGGUAUUGAUCCACGUGACUAUGGGGGUAAAAGCUACGAUGACGAAUUGACAAAAGCAGUUGAGCCUUACAUCAAACAAGAAGACGAAGGGAAAUACAGGUGCAAGACUUGUCAAAAGCUCUUUAAGGCUACAUCUUUCGUCGAGAAGCAUAUCGCUAAUAAACACGCCGAGCUCGUGAAGCAUCUGGACGAGGUUCCUUACUUCAACAACUUCGCUCUUGACCCUCAUCGUAUUCAACCAUUUUCCCAUCCUCCUCCUUCCGUCGGCAACAGCCAGGCCCCUCCUCCGCAAGCUUAUGGUAUCCAAGGGCCGCCUACGACGUAUCCUCCCCCCGAUUAUGGCCGCGCUUCUUUCUACGGUGGACACCCUCAGGGUUACGCUAUUCCACCCCCUUACAACAAUGGGGGUGGUGGAUACUGGGACCCUUACGCGUACCAAUACGGGGGUGGUGUGUACCCAACACCAGCGCUUCCCGUCCCUCGAAGAGAUGAGGCUACUACAGCAAGACGACUUAGCGACAGGAUUAGUGGAUAUGCAACAGGUUAUGAGCAGCCGAUGGAAACCACUAUUCCUGCUGGAGCAGGUUUACCAGCGAAGCCUAUGGUUACUCUAGAGCCCAUUAUCGGCGGCAAUGGUGAACGGGGAGGUAGAAAAGGCGGGCGAGGAGGAGGUAUAGCUGGAGGGCCUCCUCCACCACCGCCGCCCGAUGCCAAAGAAGAUCCCAGAGCAGCUGCUGGAAAGAAAGUCAGCUACCACGACAUGGAUCUGGUUGCUGAGGGGGACGUUGAGUUGACUUACUGAUUGUACAUUGCAUAUCGUAUCGUAUUGUCGUUUACUGGUUUUGAGUCGAAAUUCAUGGUUUUUACGUUUUAUUUACCU